AUAAAUAAAUAAUUAAAAGGUGAAAUUGAAUUGCGAAGAGAGAGAGAGAAUAGAGAGUGAUUUGAGAGCAGAGAGGCCAUGGAUGAGUUUGAAUUUCAACGCCUUCUUAAUCUCUUCCCCGUCGUCCGGCCCCGCGAUUACCAUAUUGACUUGGAUUCUUCAAGACAAUCAACUUCUCAAUCAUCAAAGACUGAUGCAGCCAAGGAAUGGCAAGAUGCAUGGAAUGAUGGGAAUAGAAAGGAAUCUGAAAUUGAACAAAUGGACAAACAUGAUGCAUUUUGGGAGAAGCUAAAAUUGGCUGCUGAGAAGAAGGUGGGCACUGCUGGGGCGGAGAGAUUUUGCAAAGCUUUUCAACAAGUUCACAAAAAACUUGUCUAUGAGGAAUUGAGUUUGGAUGCUGCCCGGAGCAUUAUAAACUCGGAAAAAAGUUCUGGAUGAUAGUCUCUUGCAUGCAUUACUUCAUUUUCUUCUCGUUUUAUGGACUAUAGAGAAGAUCUUGUUUGUAAGAUGGACGUCGUAAUAUAUCCUGGGGCAGAUUUUCUGGAAGAGAGAUGGAGGUGGGGAAAGGAGGUCAUGGGGUUGAAAUACAUUUUCGAAAUAUGAAGCAAGUCUCAUUUUAACAAAUUAAUGUUGUUUUUAAUAUUAAGUGCUGAUUAAUUGCAAAUGUACCAGAAACUCUUUUAUCAAUUUCCAAAACCUGUUCCUUA